UCGGUAUCCCCAUUUGCGAUAUUUCGCUGUGCGCCAUUUUAUGUUCCCCAGCUCGAGUGGAAAAGGUUGUGGAUGUCGUUCAAUGUAAUAUUUGUUCAUCUAUUUACAAACUUUGGUAACCUACUUUAAUUUGAUACAACAGAGCACCUUUGGAAAUGGCUACGGGAGCGAAUGCAACCCCUCUAGGGAAGCUGCACCCGAGUAUCGGCGCUAAACGAGGCUUUGAUGCUGGGCCUGGUGCGGGGUUAAUGCCUCCACCCGGGCCUCCUGUGGCCUUUCCUUCGCUACCGAAUUUUCAGCCACCAAUUCCAAACGUGUCUUUCCCGCAAGUUCACCCGGUGUUUACUGCGGUGGCUGCUUUUCCCACCCCACCACAACCACCCCAAGGUGCCGGAAUGCAGUCUCAGUCAGACUUCGGUCAGAAAAAAGCCAGGAAAAGGAGCCGCUGGAAUAGUGAAACACCCGACCAGAAGACAGUCAUUCCUGGUAUGCCCACCGUCAUCCCGCCUGGACUGACUCGGGAUCAGGAGAAGGCCUAUAUAGUCCAACUGCAGAUUGAAGACCUGACUCGUAAACUGCGUACAGGAGACCUGGGAAUCCCUGUUAACCCUGAGGACAGAUCCCCGUCUCCAGAGCCCAUCUAUAACAGCGAGGGCAAGAGGCUGAACACCAGGGAGUACCGCACACGCAAGAAGAUCGAGGAGGAGCGUCACUCCCUCAUCACCGAUAUGGUGGCACUCAACCCUGAGUUCAAGCCCCCCGCUGACUACAAGCCCCCAGCCACCAGAGUCAACGACAAGGUGAUGAUUCCACAGGACGAGUACCCAGAGAUCAACUUUGUUGGCCUGCUGAUUGGGCCACGUGGCAACACCCUGAAGAACAUAGAGAAGGAGUGCUGUGCCAAGAUCAUGAUCCGUGGUAAGGGCUCGGUAAAGGAGGGCAAGGUGGGCCGUAAGGAUGGCCAAAUGCUGCCAGGGGAGGACGAGCCGCUGCACGCCCUGGUCACCGCCAACACCAUGGAGAACGUCAAGAAGGCGGUGGAACAGAUCCGCACAAUCCUCAAGCAGGGCAUCGAGACCCCUGAGGACCAGAACGACUUGAGGAAGAUGCAGCUGAGAGAGCUGGCCAGACUCAACGGAACCCUGAGAGAGGACGACAACAGGAUCCUACGUCCGUGGCAGAGCACUGAACCCCGCAGCGUCACCAACACGACCCUUUGUACUAAGUGUGGCGGUGCAGGCCACAUCUCCUCAGACUGCAAGUUCACCAGCUCCUUUGCUGCGCCCAGGGCCGGUGAGCCCCCCCAGUCUGCCCAGGACAAAGCCCGUAUGGACAAGGAAUACCUGUCCCUCAUGGCGGAGCUGGGCGAGGCCCCUGUACCCUCCUCUGGUGGGGGACACUCCAUCAACCAGAACAGCGGCCACAACAGAGGCAGCAACAACCAGCCUCCACCGAGCCGUCCUCCCUGGAUGAACUCCGGCCAGUCUGAGAACAGGAACUUCCACAGCAUGCACGGAGGCCACGGUGGUCAUGGCAACCAACACGGUGGUCAUGGCAACCACGGGGGUCAUGGAGGUCACGGAGGCCACCACAACUUCCCACCCCCCAUGUCCAACAUGGGAGGGCACCCCAUGCCCCCCAACAAUGGCAUGCCACCCCCGUGGAUGCAGCCCCCACCGCCCCCCAUGGGCCAGGGACAUGGACACCAUAUGGGUCUGUUGCCUCCACCCAUGAUGCCACCACCACCUCCACCCCCGAACAACCAGCCUCCCCCUCCACCCUCGGGUCCCCUGCCUCCAUGGCAACAGCAGGCCCCUCCACCCCCUCCCACCAGCAGCAUGGCCACUAGUGCACCACUGCCAUGGCAACAGAAUACCACCACAACGUCCAGUCCUGGCACUGGCAACCUGCCCCCCUGGCAGCAGCCCCAACAGUCCGCUGCCUCGGCUGCCCAGCCCCCUCCCCCCAUGGGCAACCCCCCCACGGUCCCCCCCCCCCCCCGCGGCCCCCCCCCCCUCCCCCCCGCUGCCCCACCCCCCCCCCCCCCCCCCCCCCCCGCCCCAGCCGGCAUGAUGUAUGCCCCUCCACCUCCCCCUCCGCCCAUGGAUCCCUCCAACUUUGUCACCAUGAUGGGGAUGGGGGUGCCAGGCAUGCCCCCCUUCGGUAUGCCCCCUGCGCCGCCACCUCCACCCCCCCAAAAUUAAACACCCGCUGAACCUUCUUAAACACAGUCCUGCUUAGCAUGCAGAGAAACUCCUCAAACAAGAGGGAGGUGGUGUGGUUGAAUUUGUACAUUUGCUUAACUUAAUGUUUCUGUUAAAGUUAGUGUUUUUGAUCACUCGGUAUAAGUUCUCUGUCCAUUUUUUGUUUUGUUUUUGGGAAUCUUUUUUUAAUAUAUUUUUUUAGAGUUUACUCCCUCCAUGAUUGGUUUAUGACUCACUUUGCAUACCAAAUAACCCACCUCAGACAUGUAUAUGCUUUGGUUUGCCGACUGGACUAUGAAUGUCCUAUUCUCAUUCRUCUUAGUUCUACCUAAAAGUAUAACUAGUGUGUUUUUCUGAGUUAUUACGGGCUUAUAAGCUGUUUGAUGGAUAUUUACCUUGGAUACAUUGGUUAUGGGGUGAUCUAUUAAAGUUGAGCUCAAGCUUAGUCAUCAUUUUGUCGUCAUCUACAGGACAUUUUACUGUUCAGAUUAUCCAGCCAAUUUUGUAGGCAUGGUAGUCCAAUGGCUUCGGCCUUCAUUCAUCGUCAUGUUCCAUUCACUUGCUAUUGGUUUCACUGAGCUGAAUAUUUUUCUGCUGUUUUUCUAAUUGAACCCGAUGUGAAGUGUAAUUGCUAAAAUUUCUUGGACGUCGCAUCUCCCUCUUGAUUAUUUUGUCUGAAAAACGGGUUUUUGUAGUACUGUUUAUUAUUUUUAUUAUUAUAUWUWUUUUUUAAGAGAACAAGCUGUGCAUUUCAGCAGUUUCUGGUGAGCAUUUUCCAUUUAGGUCCAUGUGGAUGUAGCAGGGAAUAGGAUUUUGCAUCCUGCAGCUGAUUGGCUUAAGAGAUGCUCUGCGCUAKUUAAAUUCUAAGGAAGUCUGACUGGAUGCUUACUUGUUCUGUUAACAACCUUUCCCCUCCAUGCUUGUAUUGCUCCAGCAAAAUCACAACAACGCUAUUUCAGUUCCCUUUAGUAACUUGAGUUAAUGAGGAAAAAAAUGUACUAUGUUAGAUGACAUUAUACAAUUGUAAUUUUUACUCUAUUUUUGGAAAUGGUUUGUCAGCCUUGUGUUGGGUCUAGCCUGAAUUAAUAGUCCUUGCAAUGUUGCUUGAUUGUUAUUAAACUCAUCUUUAACUAA